AUGGUGAACUUCCCUCAGCGCCGGGAGAUGACAGUGAACUUCCCGCUGCUCUGGGAGACGAGGGCGAACAUCCCGCGGGGGAACACCGUGAGCGAGGAGGAGCCUGCCGAGAAAUACCUGGAAGUGGAGCAGAUUGGCCAAGGGGCUUUUGGAACCGUUUAUAAAGGACUCGACAGGGCCACUGGAGGAGAGGUGGCCAUCAAGAAAAUGAGUCUCAGAGGGCAGAACAGGGAACGAGCUGUGAAUGAGAUCCUGCUCCUGAAGGACAAGAAGAACCCCAACAUUGUCAACUCUUUGGACAGCUUCCUUGUGGAUGGAGAUCUCUGGCUGGUGAUGGAAUACAUGGAUGGAGGAACUUUGCGGGACGUUGUCAGACAGACGCGCAUGGCUGAAGGAGAGAUGGCAGCUGUCAGUCGGGAGUGUCUGCAGGGUCUGGAUUUCCUCCAUUCCAACCGGGUGAUCCACAGGGAUCUGAAGAGCUCCAACAUCCUCCUGGGCAUGGACGGCUCUGUCAGGCUGGCUGAUUUUGGCCUCUGCGCUCAGCUCAGCCCUGAGCAGGACCAGCGCAGCUCCAUGGUGGGCACUGCUCACUGGAUGGCCCCAGAAGUUGUGACCAGAUCUCCUUAUGGCCCCAAGGUGGACAUCUGGUCCUUCGGCAUUGUGACCAUCGAGAUGGUGGAAGGAGAACCUCCUUACUUCAGGGAAACGGCGGCCAUGGCUCGCGCUCUGAUCCGGCAGAACGGGACCCCGCAGCUGCAGGAGCCCCGGUGCCUGUCGGCUCUGCUGCGGGACUUCCUCGAGUGCAGCCUGGAGCCGGACGAGGAGCGGCGCUGGGCUGCCCAGGAGCUGCUGCAGCACCCAUUUUUAUCAUCAGCCAAGCCUCUCUCCAGCCUGACCCCUCUGAUCACUGCAGCAAAGAACCUGAGGGAGCAGCAGAGCAGAUGA